CAUUAGUCGAAACGACGGCGUUUUGAUAAAGUAUAUGAAAAGACGUCGUUUGAGCUAGAAUUCGCAUCAAACGACGCCGUUUCUUUUGCUGGGGUGAAAUCAUAUUAACCCUAACCUAAUUUCACCGCAUUUUCUUACAUUCACCAUUGUCGAAUCUUGACUGCAACUGUUAUGGGAGAAUUUGACCUUGGGACGACGAGAUAUUGCGAGUGAGGCGCCGAGAAGAAGACGAAGUAAGAGAUAUUGACGACGAUAUUUCGCGAAAUGGGAGAUAGUGACUCAUUUGGCUUGUAUAUUCACCAUGGUGGGAAGUUUGUCCACCUAGGCGCAAGUAGAUUGUACUCAGGUGGUGAAGUUUUGGGGAAAUUCGGUUUAGAUAAGGAUAGGUUUGGUUAUUUUGACUUAGAGGAGGAAAUCAAGCAGCUUGGGUAUACUUCUUGGAGGUGUUUAGCUUUCAAGGUUCCUAGAACUUUAGUGUUUAUGGAUUUGUGUGAUGAUAAGCAGGUAAUGCAAAUGAUACAAUGUUGUACAUCUACAAUUACAUGUGUGAGUAUCUAUGUGGAUGAUGGGAAAAAGGGAAAGGUCAAGAAGGCUGUCACUGAAUCUGAAACUGUUACUAAGACAGUUACGAAGACUAUAACAACCACUAAGAGUAGUAGUAAUAAGGGGAAUGGGAAGGGGAAGGUAAAUCAGUCCAAAGGGAAAGAUAAGGUGUUUGAUAGGGAAGAGCCUGCUAGUGUAGUGAAAGAGCAGAAUGUGCAGAUUGAGUUAAGGAAGGGGAAGAGGAAGGUAAAUCAGUCCAAAGGGAAAGAGAAGGUGUUUGAUAGGGAAGAGCCUGCUAGUGUAGUGAAAGAGCAGAAUGUGCAUAUUGAGCCAAGGAUUGAGCAUGAUGUGCUGAUGGAUGAGCUGCAUGAAACAGAUGAAGAUGAUGAUGAUUAUGUUCCUCAAUUUAGUGAGAAAGAGGACGUAGAGUCAGAUGAUUCUUUAGGUGAUAAAGAGCUAGGGUCAGAAGAUGAAGAGUAUAUGAUAGCAAGAAGCAAUGUCAGGCAAAGUAGGCAAGCAAAGGAAUAG